CCCGCCCUGGGCCCCCCAGCCCAGCCUGACCCCCCCUCUCUGACAGUGCCUUGGGGCUCCUGGUUCGACCACGUCCGCGCCUGGUGGGACGCGAGGAACAAGCACCGAAUCCUCUACCUCUUCUACGAGGAGAUCCACAAGGACCCCAGAGGUGAGAUCCAGAAGGUGGGUCGGUUCCUGGGCCGGGAGUUGCUGGAGCCGGUUCUGGAGACGAUCGUCGAGCACACGUCGUUCGAGAGCAUGAGGGAGAACCCCAUGGCCAACUAUAGCACGCUGCCCCCCUUCAUCCUGGACCAUGCAGUGUCCCCCUUCAUGCGCAAAGGCACGGUGGGCGACUGGACGACCCAGUUCACGGUGGCGCAGAGUGAGCGGUUCGACACCGAAUGGGCCCGGCGGAUGGAGGGGAGCGACCUGCGUUUCCACACCCGGCUCUGAGGGGGCAGCGGGGCCCGCGGCCCCCCAGCUGGCCCCUCCCCGGUGGCUCACGCAGCGAUUCUCACGCCGCAGUUUCCGAGCUGCGGGUCAGGGCCCCCCGGGGCCGGGCUCGCUGGGGCUGGGCCGGUUGUUGGGGGUCGGGGGGGGCCGAGGUUGGGGGGUCCCCUGAAAUAAACCAUUGCACAGAA